UAGAAAAUAAAGACAGAUAAAAAGAGCAAACAAAUCCUCUCCCGCUCUCCUUACGGCCAAGUCAACUUUAGCCUUGAGGCGAUCAAGAUCAGAUGUGAGAUGACAACCAUGCACAGCAAUAUUAGACUAUUGAACUCACUACAUAUACACACUACAACUUAAGAAACUAACCAACCAACCAUCCGUACUCCCCUCCCCAUUUUCUAAGCAUGGGAACCUUAGAACUCCAGCCACCAUAUUCGACUGCAACCGCUGACUCGACGGAUAUCGGCAAGUAUGAAGACGAGGAUGAUGUUUCGCCGGUAGAGGAGGUUCGACUAACUGUUCUGAACACUGAUGAUCCUAGUCUACCAGUGUGGACAUUUCGGAUGUGGUUCUUGGGGCUACUGUCUUGUUGCCUUCUUUCGUUUCUCAACCAGUUCUUUGCUUACCGGACAGAGCCACUUGUUAUAACGCAAAUUACUGUCCAAGUAGCUACACUUCCAAUUGGUCAUUUUCUGGCUGCGGUUUUACCAGAGACAAAGUUUCGGAUACCAGGGUGUGGGUCGAGAUCGUUCUCGCUCAACCCUGGUCCGUUUAAUAUCAAGGAACAUGUCCUCAUUUCAGUAUUUGCUAAUGCUGGAGCUGCCUUUGGAAGUGGCUCAGCCUAUGCUGUUGGCAUUAUUACCAUCAUCAAAGCAUUUUACUUCCGCAGCAUAUCCUUCGUAGCUGGAUGGUUGCUUAUUAUCACUACCCAGGUUCUAGGAUAUGGAUGGGCAGGGCUACUUAGGAGUUAUGUGGUAGAGCCGGCACAAAUGUGGUGGCCGAGCACUCUGGUUCAGGUCUCACUUUUCCGGGCUUUGCAUGAAAAGGAUGAAGAACGCAUGUCAAGGGCAAAAUUCUUCCUUAUUGCAUUAAUUUGCAGCUUUUCCUGGUACUUGAUCCCAGGAUAUCUUUUCUCAACUCUCUCAACCAUCUCCUGGGUGUGCUGGGCAUUCUCUGGAUCAGUCACAGGUCAGCAAAUCGGAUCAGGGAUGAGAGGCCUUGGACUUGGUUCUGUAACAGUAGAUUGGUCUGUGGUGGCCUCCUUCUUGUUCAGCCCCCUCAUAAGCCCUUUUUUUGCCAUUGUCAAUGUCUUCCUGGGGUACUUUAUGAUAAUUUACAUUGUCAUGCCAAUUGCAUACUGGGGGUUGAAUGUAUACAGUGCUAAGAACUUCCCAAUCUUCUCCUCACACUUGUUUACACAUGAUGGCCAGAAGUAUAACAUAUCAAAUAUUGUCAAUGACAAAUUCCAGUUAGACUUUGAGAACUAUAAUGAGCAAGGACGGAUACAUUUAAGCACAUUUUUUGCACUCACUUAUGGUUUUGGUUUUGCUACUAUCGCAGCUACUCUGACACAUGUUGGCUUCUUCCACGGGAGGGAGAUCUAUGAACGAUUUCGGGCUUCAUACAAGGGCAAGGAUGAUAUCCAUACAAAAAUGAUGAGGAGAUACAAGGACAUACCUUCCUGGUGGUUCUAUUUGUUGCUUGUAGUAACAGUGGCAGUCUCGCUUGUAUUAUGCAUCUUCUUGAACGAUCAAGUGCAGAUGCCAUGGUGGGGCCUCCUUUUUGCUUGUGUCAUUGCCUUCAUCUUCACCCUUCCGAUCAGCAUUAUAACUGCAACUACCAAUCAGACACCAGGAUUGAAUAUAAUCACGGAGUAUAUUAUGGGAAUUAUAUUACCAGGGAGACCAAUAGCCAAUGUGUGCUUCAAAACCUACGGCUACAUGAGCAUGGCACAGGCUGUCUCCUUUUUAAGUGAUUUUAAAUUGGGGCAUUACAUGAAGAUCCCUCCAAGAUCAAUGUUCUUAGUUCAGUUCAUAGGAACUAUCAUUGCCGGAACUAUUAAUCUCUCAGUAGCAUGGUGGCUGCUAGAGAGUAUAGAGAACAUAUGUCAAGAUGAUCUACUUCCAGCUGAUAGUCCUUGGACCUGCCCUGGUGAUCGGGUCUUUUUUGAUGCAUCAGUUAUAUGGGGCUUGGUGGGUCCUAAAAGGAUUUUCGGAUCUCAAGGAAACUAUAGUUCCAUGAACUGGUUCUUCCUUGGAGGUGCACUUGGGCCAAUUGUGGUCUGGCUAUUCCACAAGGCAUUUCCAAAACAAUCAUGGAUUCCUCUGAUUAAUUUACCAGUACUUCUGGGGGCAACAGGGGCAAUGCCACCAGCAACACCCUUAAAUUAUAAUGCAUGGAUCCUUGUUGGUACCAUUUUCAACUUUUUUGUCUUCCGUUACCGGAAGCAAUGGUGGCAAAGAUAUAAUUAUAUCCUCUCAGCUGCACUAGAUGCUGGGGUGGCUUUCAUGGCAGUCCUCUUAUAUUUUUCUUUGAGCAUGGAGGAUAUUGGACUGAGUUGGUGGGGUACAAACGGUGAACACUGCGAAUUGGCAACUUGCCCAACAGCCAAAGGCAUAAAUGUUGCUGGGUGCCCAGCAAACUAAAUAGACUAGGGUUGGUAAAUGUCAUGCACAUUAUUCAGUUAAAGAAUUCAACAAGAUGUACUUGCUGCAUUGCACGCCUUGUAAUUGGAGAUGGUAUACAUUAAAGAAACUAUUUACAACUUAUUCAAAAUUCCUUCUUCUGAUUCAAGAA